CCUCCUCCCCAGCCCUCCCUUCCCACGCCCCAGUGCGCUGUGGGAUAGUGGCACUAUAAAGUAUAUCCUCUCUCGGAGAAAGAUAAGAAGCCCGAGACAGGAGGGGGAUGAAGAUGGCGGACGCCAAGCAGAAGAGGAAUGAGCAGUUAAAGCGAUGGCUGGGCUCGGAAACGGACCAGGAGCCUCCUGUUCUGAAAAAGAAGAAGACGAAGGUGAAGUUCGAUGAUGGCGCCGUGUUUCUGGCCGCCUGCUCGAGCGGCGAUACCGAGGAGGUGCUCCGAAUGCUUGACCGGGGCGCUGACAUCAACUACGCCAAUGUAGACGGUCUCACCGCCCUCCACCAGGCAUGCAUAGACGACAAUGUUGACAUGGUGACUUUCCUGGUGGAGCAUGGAGCCAGCAUCAACCAGCCCGACAACGAGGGCUGGAUCCCCCUCCACGCUGCAGCCUCCUGCGGAUACCUAGACAUAGCAGAGUAUCUCAUCAGCCAGGGUGCCAGUGUAGGAGUUGUGAACAGCGAGGGUGAGACACCGCUGGACAUCGCCGAAGAGGAGGCGAUGGAAGAGCUGCUGCAGAAUGAGAUCAACAGACAAGGGGUGGACAUCGAGGCAGCCCGGAAAGAGGAGGAGCGGAUCAUGCUAAGGGACGCCCGGCAGUGGCUCAACAGCGGCCAGAUCCAAGACACACGGCACACCAAGUCUGGAGGGACGGCGCUCCACGUAGCUGCUGCGAAAGGAUACGCCGAGGUUUUAAAGCUUUUAAUCCAAGCAGGGUAUGAUGUAAAUAUUAAGGACUAUGAUGGCUGGACUCCGUUACAUGCAGCAGCACACUGGGGCAAAGAGGAAGCGUGUAGGAUACUGGUGGAGAAUCUAUGUGACAUGGACCUCAUUAAUAAAAUGGGCCAGACAGCUUUUGAUGUAGCAGAUGAAGAUGUUCUGGGAUAUUUAGAAGAACUACAAAAGAAGCAAAAUCUGCUGAUAGGUGACAAGAAAGACGUUAAGAAAUCUCCUUUGAUUGAAACGACAACCACCGGGGAUAACAACCAAUCACUGAAACCACUCAAGAGCAAAGAAACGCUGCUUCUGGAGCCUGAGAAGAGUGCCCCACGCAUCGAGACCUUAGAACCGGAGAAGGUGGAUGAAGUAGAGGAGGGGAAAAAGGACGAAUCAAGCUGCUCCAGUGAGGAAGAGGAUGAUGAAGACUCAGAGUCAGAGACUGAAGCAGAUAAGACCAAGCCUUCUGCAUCGGUGAGCAACAGCACGACGCCCGCCCCGACCAGCAUCACCGUGUCACCUCCAACUAGCCCAACCAACCAGGUGACAACCCCCACUUCACCGGUAAAGAAGGCCCCUCAGCCUGCUGGAAAGGUCUCCACCAAAGUGGAGGAGGAGAGGAAGGACGAGUCUCCGGCGUCAUGGCGGCUGGGUUUGAGGAAGACGGGCAGCUACGGGGCGCUAGCCGAGAUCACCGCCACCAAGGAGGCUCAGAGGGAGAAGGACACGACCGGGGUGAUGCGCUCGGCCUCGAGCCCUCGCCUCUCCUCCUCUCUGGACAACAAAGACAAAGAGAAGGAAAAGGAUAAAGGAACUCGGCUGGCCUACGUGGCCCCCACCAUCCCCAGGAGACUGGCCAGUACUUCAGACAUCGACGAGAAGGAAAACAGGGACUCUACCGCUCUGAUUCGUAGCGGCUCAUACACCCGGCGACGCUGGGAUGACGACCUGAAGAACAGUGAAGGAAGCGCCUCCACCAACCGAACCCCCAGCUACCAGCGCAGCACGUCCCACACGCUAGCACUAGGGCGGAGCGGCAGCACGCGGGACGUGCCAGCCAAGUCUUCGUCCACCUCCAGCUUGGACCCUAACACCUGUAAUACUAAACCCUGGCAACCACCCACCUCCCACUACCCGUCUUACAGCAUUUACCGCAGCGGCUCUUUUGGCAGAAGACACGAGGACUUGGGUUCCUCGACCACCUCCUCCUCCUCCUCCUCCUCCACCUCCUCCACGACCACCACCACCUCCUCAUCUGUUACCUCGCCCACAGGCCAUCGCGGCCUGCUCUCCAGCCUGGGCUCCUCCUCCACCCGCACUGGCUCCACCAGUCUCACCAGCAGGUACUGGUCAGAGGAGAGAGGGGAGGAGAGGGAAAAGGAGAAGGAGAAGGAGUCGGCCGCGGUCAUCCCCACUAUAAACACUGGCUCUACUACGACCACCACAUCUACCACUACCACCACCCCCGCCAUAUCUACCACUACCACCACCGGCACCGUCACUGGCGAAAGACGCAGGUCCUACCUGACGCCAGUGCGAGACGAGGAGUCAGAGUCCCAGAGGAAAGCUCGCUCCAGACAGGCCCGACAGUCGAGGAGGUCCACCCAGGGUGUGACUCUGACUGACCUGCAAGAGGCUGAGAAAAUCAGCAGGAAUCGUACCCCAAAGACCCGGGAGGAGGAGAAGGAGGAGAAGGAGAAGCAGGACAAGGAGAAGCAGGAGGAGAAGAAGGAGACGGAGACCAAGGAAGAUGAUUACCGGUCGAGGUACCGCAGCUAUGAAGAGCGCUACCGGCCUUCGUCCUCCUCCUCUACCUCCUCCAUUUCCACACUCAGCACUGCCUCCACCCCGUCCUACACUAGCACCACAUUGUCCUCCAGUUCCAGCUCCCUCAACAGGCCCAACAGUCUGACAGGGAUCACCUCCUCCUAUAGCCGUUCCUCCAGAGACACGGAAAAAGAAAUGGACAAAAAGGAGGAGGAGAAGGAGGGAGAGGACAAGCCCCGCUCCAUACGGGAUCGCAGGCGGCCCCGCGAGAAGAGACGCUCCACCGGCGUCUCCUUCUGGACCCAGGAUGGUGAUGAAAAUGACCCCGACCAGCAGUCCGACUCAGAGGAGGGCAGCACCAAGGGAGAGCCACAGAGUGACAGGUUGUCCAGGAAUGAGAGCACUUCAUCUAUAGAUCGCAAUGACACUCUUAGCCGUGGCUAUGGUGAGAGUCGGAGGACAUACUCAAGCCGACUGGACAGAGACGACACCACUGAUUAUAAGAAGCUCUACGAGCAGAUCUUAGCUGAGAACGAGAAGUUGAAGGCCCAGUUACGUGACACAGACCUGGAGCUGGCAGACUUGAAGCUACAACUAGAGAAGGCCACACAGAGGCAGGAACGCUAUGCUGACCGAUCACAGCUUGAGAUGGAGAAAAGGGUAACAAGCAGGCCCCAAUAUCAUCUGGGUGGUGGAAAGAAGAGCUCUAGAAAGGAAGAUUUCUGAGAUGGAGGAGGAACUUAAGAUGCUCCCAGACUUGAAAGCAGACAACCAGAGACUAAAGGACGAGAACGGAGCGCUCAUUCGAGUCAUUAGCAAGCUUUCCAAGUAGAACAGACCCCCUCUGCCCCGCCCCGUCUUCUGCACCCCCUCUAGUCCCCCAUGGCAGUGACUAAUGGAAUUGCACAUUUAGAUAUUAAUUGCAACAGACAUCAGAGACAAGACUCAGUUUUUUUUUCUUUCUUUUCCUCCUCCCAGCUCUUUAUCUCCCCCUUUUUUUGCUCCACCACCACCACUGCGGCAUCCAUCCAUCCAUCCACCUCCUCCUCCUCGACUAUUACCCACUCGAUCGUGUGGCUGCUGUCCUGAUAGAACCACUGAGUUUACAAACAGGAGACGUGUGAUCAGCAUGUAACCGGGCGGGGAAGCCUGAAAACUAUUUAACCAAUAAGCCUUAGUUGUACAUAAAAGAGGAAAAAAAGAAAAAACACUCGCAGCGAUCUCUUCUCUCUCUUCUCUCUCGGCUAUCACUGAAGAACAGAUAUUAUCCGACACCUGAUUUUAUUUGUGCCACAAUCUUUUCCUCUCCUUGUGUUCGUGUUGUGUGCUGUGCAGUUUCCCCUUUUUAAAAACCCCUUAAAGUGCCACUUCUGCCCCGUAUCGCUCCUUAUCUCCUCCCUCACACACACACACAAACACAGUCACUGACGCACACACACUCACGCCCCCUCAUUUUUUUUGUUACCUCUGUGUGUCUUCCUCCAAGAGGGAUUUUUUUUUUUUUUUUUUUUUUUUAAAUUCUCGCUUUAGCGGAAAAAAGAGGCGGACCUGGUGGAAUUUAAGCUUUCACUAUGUGCAAUAUGCAUUUCUUUUUUUUUUUUAAUGCUUUAAUGAUGAGUCCAUCACAAGUAGGAUUUUUCACUCUUCCACCGCUUCCAUCGCUCACCUUCCUCCUCUUUUUUUUUUUUUUUUUGUUUUAAGUUUGUAGUGUAGUCAGUUUAUACUCUGUAUUUCUCACUUUGUUUUAGCAGGUACUGAGUGACGCUGUAUAUACCUGUAUGUAUUUGUUUGAGACCAGCACAUGGCAUGCGUUUAUGGUUCCCGUCUGUUACUAUUAAAAAGUAUACAAAAUUCCAGAGGACAAAAAGGUGUGUUUUAAUUAUUAUUUCUUUUAUAGACAUUGGAUACAUAAAGUAGAGCCGCUCUCUCGUUACACGGGGACGACUGGCAGUGUUCAGUGCUUUAAUUUUUCUCCAGUUUAAAAUAAGUGUUCACAUAAUUGUGAGAUUUAAAAACAGAAAAAAAAAAGAAAUAAUCGCUUCACUACAUUUCACUUUCAUUGUAUUCAGUAUCUUGGAAGAGUGCUGUUAAUUUUGUUUCCAAUUUUUUUUUUUUUUUUUUUUUAAAGCUGUAGUAUUAUAGCCAAGGUGUUGUCACUAAAAAUAAAAAAAGAGAACUAUCUUAGGUAUCGCUAACCCAGUCCUUUUUACAAAUGUCUACAUGCACUGUCAAUGCCAUGUGAGGAGUCUUGAUGUCAGGUUAAAGCAAAUCGCCACCAUCAAAUAUUCCAUGCAUCUGGAAAAAAAAAAAACAUUUUAUGCAUUUCAGUGGCCUUUUAAGGAUAUUUUAGUAAAAGUUUAAAAAAUUAAAAAGGAAAAAAAAAGUCGCUGCAGAUGGGCCGAUGACCAUCUCCUCUGGUUUAGACUUUUUUUUUGUUUGUUUGUUUUUCUUUAUUAUUAUUUUUUUUUCCCGUCAUCUUGUAAAAUAGGUGUGUGGCUUAAUACAUGCAAGCUGUGCUGUGACUACCAACCACUGAAGAGUUCAUUAAAAAUAAACUUGUACAUUGUAAAGUU